CCAAAUCUUGUACAAUAUAUCUGUUACUGAAGUAGGUUGUUCAGAAGCCCUUCCUGGUCUAACAAUCGCCAACCCCUUUGACCCCGCCUGUGUACCUGUCCAAGAAAUGUCARGUACAAAGACUGGAAAAGUUCUAAACGUGAAAUUCACCACGAGCAAAUCAAACAACUCGAUCUCAUUACCAGUAAAUAGACCAAUGUUCUUCUCCCUCGAGGUAUCACCAUACCAUGUGGGAUCCAUGCUGAGUGCCCACUUGGCUUUGCAAAGCGGAAGUUAUGACGAAACUCUGAUAUGUUUACAAAAAGACUUCCCUCCCUUGUUUUAUCAAGUUGAAAGCUACUAUGCAAUAAACUGUUCUGGACAACUGAGCUCUGUGUCGGAGAAUAACAGAGCGUCUAGUAUUCAUGUACCAUUUCCAGGCGAAGGGAUAUGGUAUAUAAGUCUAUAUACUAAGGCUAGCUCUGUUGCAACCAUUGGAUUUUAUGCUGAAAUGCAGGCAUGCAGUUCUGAUUGCAAUAACCAAGGUACAUGCAAUAUUCGCACGAAGCCUGAUAUCGUCUUUGGUGAGUGCUCCUGUGAUGCCGGCUACAAGGGGUGGGCAUGUGAUCAAGAUAACGAUGUUGAUCUUCUAAGAGUAAUGCUUCUGACUCUCAGUAAUGUGGCCUUUCUUAUCGACGCGGGGAUAGCUUUGCGCAAACAGUUGUACCCAGAGACCUUGGUGUACCUUUUUCUGUUGGUAAUUUCAACACUCUAUCACUUGUGYGGGUCUCGAGUCUUUUGUGCAAUGGACGAACYAUUUCUCCAGACKUGUGAUCUAUUUGCCAUCGUACUAUCCGUUUGGGUUACCUUGGUUAUCUUGACCAACCACAGGRUUCCCGCCGUCACCCCGACACUCAACAUGCUGGCGGUACUGGUAUUGUUCGUUAGUGUACAAGAAGCAAAGCGAAGUAUCCURCCCUUUGUUCUGACAGUUAGCCUUGGGGUUUUAUUGGUGAUCGUCUAUAACGUAAGUUUGUAGUUA